CUGUUGGGGCUUUCUUGUGCGUUCUGUGGAGUGAGUGAGAGCGAGGACAACGGCAGUGCUGCAGAGUGGAAGAGAGAAAGAGUGGCAGAAAGUUGCGGAGCAUACCAGAUAGUGUGCUGUCCUGAGGGGAAAAAAACAAAUCUAUCUUGGAAUACGCUCAUCUGUGAAACUCGGCAGGUGUUUAACUACAGGAGACAAGGAUGUCUAUGCAAUUGGGUGAGCUCGAUAGCGGGGUAACGAAGGUGACGGAGUGGCAGGAGACGAGGUACGGAUAUGACUCGGGGAUCCAGUCUGGAGCCAACACUGUCCGAGAUGACGACGGCGACUUAACCAAGCAGUACACCGUGACCACCACUGUCACGACAGAACCGGCAGACUCCCAGUAUGUGUUGACCAGAGGCCAGCGGGUGCGGGCCGCUAUGUUUCCCGAGACGCUGGAAGACAGCACCACCAUCUUGACUACAACCCAAACCGAUCCGAACCAAAUGACCAACGUCCAACGGCUGGCCGAGCCCUCCCAGAUGCUCAAGGCAGCAAUCAUUCAUCUGAUCAACUACCAAGAUGACGCUGAGCUCGCCACACGUGCUGUGCCUGAGCUCACCAAACUGCUCAAUGAUGAAGAUCAGGUGGUGGUCAGCAAAGCAGCCCAGAUUGUCAACCAGCUAACCCGCAAGGAGGCGUCCCGCCACGCGCUGAUGCAGUCACCUCAGAUGGUGGCCGCAGUGGUGCGAGCCAUGCAGAACACCACUGACAUGGAGACAGCCAGAGCCACAACCAGCAUCCUGCACAAUCUCUCCCACAAAAGAGAGGGCCUGCUCUCCAUUUUCAAGUCUGGUGGCAUCCCCGCGCUCGUCCGCAUGCUCAGCUCCCCGGUGGAAUCAGUGCUCUUCUACGCCAUCACAACCCUGCACAACCUGCUCCUGCACCAGGAGGGAGCCAAAAUGGCGGUCCGCUUGGCUGACGGCCUGCAGAGGAUGGUCCCGCUUCUAAAGAAAAGCAACCCCAAGUUUUUGGCCAUCACUACCGACUGUCUGCAGCUGCUGUCUUACGGCAAUCAGGAGAGCAAGCUCAUCAUCCUUGCCAACGGGGGUCCCGAGGGUCUUGUUCACAUCAUGAGGAACUACAACUACGAAAAGCUGCUGUGGACCACAAGCCGCGUUCUCAAAGUCCUCUCUGUGUGCCCCAGCAACAAACCUGCCAUUGUAGAGGCUGGUGGGAUGCAGGCUCUGGGGAAGCACCUGACUGGCGGCAGCCAGCGUGUGAUGCAGAACUGCCUCUGGACACUGAGGAACCUGUCUGAUGCUGCCACCAAGCAGGAGGGCAUGGAUGGCCUGCUGCAGGUUUUGGUCAACCUGCUGAGCUCUGAUGACAUCAACAUGCUCACCUGCGCCACUGGGAUCUUGUCUAAUCUCACGUGCAACAAUGCCUACAAUAAAACUCUGGUCACCCAGAGCAACGGCAUCGAGGCGCUCAUCCACGCCAUACUGCGCGCCGGCGAGAAAGAGGAUGUGACCGAGCCUGCCAUUUGCGCCCUGCGUCACCUGACGUCCCGCCACCAGCAGGCUGAGAUGGCGCAGAACGCAGUGAGGAGGCACUACGGCAUCCCGGCCAUCGUCAAGCUCCUCAACCAGCCCUACUACUGGCCAGUUAUUAAGGCUGUGGUUGGCCUGAUCCGUAAUUUGGCCCUGUGCCCGGAGAACCAGGCCCCACUGAGGGACGCGGGCGCCAUCCCCCGGCUGGUCAACCUGUUGCUCAAAGCCCACCAGGAUGCUCAGAAACAUGGCUCAUCCAGCAAGCAGACAUACCAGGAUGGAGUGAGGAUGGAAGAGAUAGUGGAGGGCUGUACAGGAGCGCUUCACAUUCUGGCCAGAGAUCCUGUCAACAGAGCAGAGAUUGCCAACAUGCAAACCAUUCCUCUUUUUGUUCAGCUUCUCUACUCACCAGUAGACAAUGUAAAGCGUGUGGCGGCGGGCGUUCUGUGCGAGCUGGCUCUGGACAAACAAUCCGCGGAGGCCAUUGAUGGCGAGGGAGCGUCUGCCCCGCUGAUGGAGCUGCUCCACUCAGACAACGAGGGCAUCGCCACAUACGCCGCUGCCGUCCUCUUCCGCAUCUCCGAGGAUAAGAGCGCCGAGCACAAGAAGAGAGUUUCCAGAGAACUCACACACUCCAUGUUCAAGAACGACCCUGCCGCCUGGGAGAUGGCCCACAACAGUGUCACCAUGGAAGCAUCCUACCAAGAGGAGAUGGAUGUUCCUUUUCAAAACUUUGGCGGCUACGGCGGUGACAUUCCCAUGGACGCAGUGGACGGAACCAUGAUGCAUGACGAUUACGGCACCAACAUGGUUUACGACAGACAACAGCAGUUUGAGCCUUACUAAAGAUCCAAGAGAGGAAAAACUUCCAGAAAAUUGGGCCUCUGGGCUAGAAUUGGAACAAAGCUCUUGAUUCCUUUUAUAUGUAAUAUCAUCGAGUACGGGACUCCUAAUCUUAACAGGGCUUGCAUAUGUUUUAUAUCCUAACAUUGCUGAGGAUCAUUUACUCACGCUUGAAAAAAAGUUCUAAGAUUGUGUGUUUUGGAGCGUGUCUGUGUUUCUGCUUUCGGGUGGGUAAUCUAUGCCAAAGAGAUUUAUUUCAUUUUGUGAAGGUCACAUAGAUUGCUUUUUUUUUUUUUCUUUCUUCUUAAAAAGAGAACUAGUUGACAACACUGCCGCAGGUGGAACUGUGUGAACCUGCUCCUCUUUCUUUAUAAUGCCUUUAAAAGUUGUGACAAUAUAGCGUCAACUUUCUCCCGCUUUAACUAAGUAACAUACAGGUUGCUUUGAGUUUGCCACAUAUGCAGAGAACAAAUGGAGAAGGAGAGAGAGAGAGGAGCAAAUGUUGCGAAACGAGAUGAGGCUUUUUAUCAAUUGUUUCUCACAUUAUUUUCUUUUAUAUUUUAGGGGGAAAGGAUUGCUUAGUCAGAAUAAUAACACGUCAGUUUUAACCAAAAAGAAGAGCUUGUGUGUGUAACUAGUUAUGAUUUGAUGUCAAAACUCUGAUUGACGCAUUGGUUCAACAGAUCGACUGAUUUCUUUUUUGUGGAUUUAAUAUAGUCGGGAUGCCAGCUGGAGAAACACUACUGACAGGGAAAUUUGUACUUAACUAAGAGUUUUUACUGAAAUUUUGUUAAAUAAAAUUAAAGGUUAUAUUAAAUCUA